AACUGGCCGCUGGGACCGGCAAGAUUUAGUACCAUUUGAUUAUUUGCAACAACAUGAAUAAAAUUUUAUGCCUCGGUGUGUUGGCCGCCGUUGUUUUGGCCGUUACUGGCUAUAACUUUGACGAUUCCGACUUCAAUCAACUCCUAACCCGGGACUUGGAAUACAUCUACAACACGGUGGACGAGCCCCAGUCCAACGUGAGGAACCGUCGAGACGAAGAAGCGGUGAUGCCCGAAAAAUGCGGACGCCGCAAGAAGAAACUGUGCUGCGCCGAAAACGUCAUGGACUCACAGUUCGAAGCCGAAAAGGAGUUGAAGCGAGCCUGCUUCAAGGAGAUUGUCGGCAAGGACCACAAAGAUUCCAAAGCCGAAAGGGAGGAACGUGGUGAAAUCGAUCCCUUCAGAUGCGACAGGGCUGAGAAACACCGAAAAGAAAUGACCUGCGUUUCCCAAUGCAUCGGCCAGAAAAAGAACGUGUUGGACGAAGCCGGCAACCCGAAGGACGAGGAAUUCAGGGCUAUCGUUAAGGAGAAGUUCGCAAAGGAAUCCUGGUUCGCAUCGUUGCAGGAUAAAAUAAUCUCCACCUGCCUGGCAGAAGCCAGGAAUGCCACAGCCAACGCCGAUAAGGAUAAGGGCACUUGUAAUCCGGCCGGCAUUAAGCUCCAUCACUGCAUGUUCAGGGAAAUUCAGCUCAGUUGUCCUGCGGAUCAGAUAAAGGACGAGAAGUCCUGCUCCCGUUUGCAGGAGAGGCUCAGGAGGAACGACUUACCCCCACCGCCGCCAUCGUUCCAAGACGAAUAGGAUCGCCGAAAUGGGUGCACCAUCCGCGUUUUAAGGGAAUCCUGUGAUAGCUUUAUUUAAGUUGCGAUGUACUCGUUCCGUUGUAUCUGAAUUAUGUACGAUAUUAAAUAAAUUAAAAGCA